AUGAAGCUUGAUACCUCGCACAUGCGGUACCUUACCGCGGACGACUUCAGCGUGCUUCAAGCCGUUGAAAUCGGGACCAGAAACCACGAAUUAGUGCCCACUUCACUUAUACAUCAUCUUGGAAGAUUGAAAUCUCCUACUGGUACAAACCGUUCUAUUGGAGAUUUAGCCAAAUUAAAGCUUGUUUCCAGAUUAAGAAACGCCAAGUACGACGGGUUCCGUCUCACUUUCUCUGGGUACGAUUACUUGGCGCUCAAGUCGAUGCUCAACCGUGAAUCAUUGUACUCUGUGGGGAACAUUAUUGGAGUUGGUAAGGAAUCUGAUAUCUACGCCGUCAGUGACCCCAAGGGCCAACAAAAGGUUAUCAAGAUCCAUAGACUUGGUAGAACCUCGUUCCGUACCGUCAAGAACAACCGUGACUAUCUCCAGAACAGAAAUACAUCCAACUGGAUGUACCUUUCUCGAUUGGCUGCCAACAAGGAAUAUGAAUUCAUGGUGAUUUUGUACAACAAUGACUUUGCUGUGCCCGAGCCAUUUGACUACUCAAGACACUGUGUGAUGAUGGAGUGGAUCAAGGGGACCCCUAUGAAACAUCUCCGGAAACAUAAGAAUCCAAAGAGACUUUAUUCUGACUUGAUGAACUUUAUUGUCAAAUUGGGUAAUCAUGGGUUGAUUCAUUGUGAUUUCAAUGAAUUCAAUAUUAUUAUUCGUGAUGAUGAAGAAGCCAAGAACUUUGAGUUUGACUUUGUGGUUAUUGAUUUCCCUCAAUGUGUUUCCAUUGAACAUGUUGACGCUGAACUGUACUUUGAUAGAGAUGUUCAAGGUGUGAAAGAUUUUUUCGCCAAAAAGUUUAGAUACUCGCCAGAAGAUGAUCCUACAAUGUUUGACACUGAUGGGUUUGGUGAAGGUUACAAGUAUGCUUAUCCAAACUUCAAGAGAGACGUUGUGAGAGUGAAGAGCUUGGACAAUGAGGUUAAGGCCUCUGGGUAUGCCAAGAAGCGCACUGGGGAAGACAGUGACUUGGAAAAGGCUGUUGCCGCUAUGAGAGGUCUUGGUGAGGAAGAUGAAGAGGAAUUACAAGAAGAGGAAGAAGAAGAGGAAGAAGAAGAAGACUCUGAAGAAGACUCUGACGAAGACUUUUAUGAAGAAGAGGAAGAGGAAGAGGAAGAAGAGCAUGAAGAAGAAAAUGAAAAAAUCAUUGAAGCUUUAUCUUCAGGAGUUGGAAAGUUGAAGAUGGAUAAAUUGGGAAAUUAUAUCUUGGAGGAUGAAUAA